AAAGGCGUAGUUUUGUUGUAUGUUGUUGUUGUACAUUGUAAUAAAGUCAAUUCGAGGUUAUGCAAAGGAGACUGGACAAAUUUUGCUUGUACCCUUUGCUUGUACCGAUGCAAAUAUAUGCAGAUGAAGCUGAAAAAUUAAACCGCAUUCAAUAAAAGGAAGAUGAAAACAGUAAAUUAUGGAGACCAGGCUUAUGAAGUAUUAAGAAAUGAUUUAUGUAAAGAAGAUUUAUGUGAUUCAGUAGAAAACGAAGAAGAGAAGCCAAUAGCAGGUCCUGUAAAGGAAAAAUGGAGAAACCAUGCUGGAUUUUGGAUUCUUGGUCUCACAAACAAUUUUGCAUAUGUUGUUAUGUUGAGUGCAGCAUUUGAUAUUCUGGCUAGACAGUUAGGCCAAAAGAAGGAUGAUAUGACAAAAGGAUAUCAUUGUAACCCCCACUCCACUGGGAUCAUCCUGUUAGCUGACAUUCUGCCAACAUUACUCAUCAAGUGGACAGCUCCAUUCUUUAUGCAAUCAAUCAGUUAUAAUUUCCGAGUUGCGUCCGUCGUCCUGUUUGCUUUUGGGAGCUUCCUCCUCGUUGCACUUUUCAAAAAUGUUUUCCUUUCUAUUCUAGGUGUUGUAUUUGCAAGUAUCAGUUGUGGAUUUGGAGAAAUAACUUUUCUAAGUUUAACUGCGCAUUUUCACAGUAAUACCGUAUCCUCGUGGUCUGCUGGUACAGGAGCCGCAGGGGUAUCUGCUGCUUUUGCAUAUGCUGGCAUGACGACAGUAGGAGUGAGCCCUGAAAAGACUUUGCUAGUCAUGCUUGUUGUCCCGCUUUUAAUGGCGUUUGGAUAUUGGGGGCUUUUGAAACCAGAAAAUAAUUUUGAUCAUACCUCAUCAACAUCUUCGAAAUCGUUUAUAAAAAAGCGCACAAGUGAUGCUACUGCUUCUUUGACGUUCAAAGAGAAGCUUCAGUUAGUUAAGCCGCUUGUGAAGUACAUGAUACCGUUGUUUUUUGUUUAUUUUGCGGAAUACAUUAUAAACCAAGGAUUGUUUGAGUUGUUGUACUACCCGAAUUCGACAAUGAACCAUGCGGGGCAGUAUCGCUGGCUCCAGUUUUGCUAUCAGUUUGGUGUUCUUAUCUCACGAUCGUCAGUGAAUAUUAUCAAGAUCGAGAAAAUCGAAAUUUUAGCAGCCCUCCAGUACAUCAACUUCAUAGUUCUUUUACUGGAGGUUUACUACCGAUUUAUUCCGAGUAUCUGGAUCACGUUGUCCAUUGGACUGUUCGAAGGCCUUCUUGGCGGAGGGGUCUAUGUCAAUGCUUUUUACAGAGUGGCCAUUGAGGCAGACCCAAAAUACCGUGAAUUUUCAAUGGGAGCUGCGAGCAUGGCUGAUAGCUCUGGUAUCACAUUAGCAGGUGCAUUGUCAAUGCCGCUGCAUUCAUACCUCUGCAAAUUUGCAAAAAGUCCCAUAUAAUUACACCACCCUUUGAGCAAUGGCAUAAUCUAAUUCCUUAAUAAGCAACUACUUCGGAAACGUUUUGGAGGAAAAAUUUCGAUGGGAUGUUUUGUAACGUUUUCGGUGGGAUUGUGAGGGUAGUAGUGGAUAUAUUUCACUAUGUUCUUUCUAACUGACACAAAAGCUUGUAAUGCACUAUCGAAAUUUUCACUAUCAAGCUAGUUUUUCAAAGACAUGUUCAUUAUUCUUCAAAGUAUUACAUCUUUGAUAAACUACGUCGUUUAUGGGCGACUUGUAGCCAUGAAUUUCUAAUGGGAAAGAUAAAUUAGUUCUGAAUGGCAAGUAGUCGUUUAUUAAGUAAGUUUUAAGAUUACUCGGAAGCCAUCAUAAUCUACUAAUCAAAUCUUUAUUUUGAAAGAAAUUUUGUUUGAUUUAAGGUCAAUAAAUGUUAUCAGGCCAUUUUCCCCAUUAGAUAUUUUUAGAGAAUUAUUCGCAGUCCCUUUGAUAAAUGAUUACUCUAUUAUAACCGCCACGAUCCUUUCGAAGGGUUGUCUCAGUGCCCUGCUAUUAUUUUUCAAUGUGACUAGAUUCCUUUUUUAAGUUAUCCCAGAAGUGCUUGUCGUAUAGAGAUUUAAAUAUAGUGUAGUUUUUGUGAGACAAUUUGCAAGAAUGUUUUUCCAAUGUUAUGACGGAUUUCGAAUAUCUGAAAUUAACGAACCCAAAGAUAAUUAUGAAUUGUACGAAUUUAUCUUGAUAUAAGAAACAUUUUUGUCAUUUUGUUUUUGUAAGUGAUUAAGUAUAUUAUCUUAAUAAUAUAUAUAUUUCAUAAUAAUCGUUAGUUAUAUAGGAAAAGAGGCUCAGAAGAAUCUUCCUUUCCUUGUAACAGUAAGAUUGAUAUUGAAAGCAGUAUCAUCAAAGUAAAAUAUUAUAAACAAAUUGUAAUAUUAAAUUAUUAUGUGGUUAUUGAUUGUCUUUCCCCAAUAAUCUUUCUAAAUCAGCCCUUUGUAGGCUCUUGGCUCUCCUUGAAAAACAUUACCCAGUCUUAUCUCUUUCCAAGAGAUAUUUUCCCCUUGCUAUCGAGCAAUCAACAGCGCAAAGUGACGUCGUUUUUGUAUUUCUCUGAUUUUUUAAGAUUCAGUGUAAAUUUUACUGUUUUUUACGUGGUAUCAUACACUACUAGAUUAGCGAAAUUUAUCACGCCUACUAUUUGUUUGAUUUUAAACUUCAUAAAUAUUUACACUGUUGAAACAACGCCUUUUUCAAUUUAGUGUUAACAGGAAAAUGUCUUAGUUUGAAACAAUUUUGUAGUGAACACUUGAGUAUUUAUGGAAGUCCUAGCUGAUAUUUUAACAAAAUCAGCUUUUAACUUGUCUCCAAUUUAAAGCCAUAUAUGCGCUUCUUCCCAUUACCAAUUAGCUGCUGUUCAAGACUGUCAUGCCAUUAAUACCUCACCAAUUUUUACUCUUAUCUAGGCAGCCUAAAAUGCAACAUGAAAUGUAUCAUUGCAUUGUCUGGCAUCCCACCUACCGUUAAAACCUUGAUGAAAUCACCGUUGUAAACAAGCAAUGCUGGAUUUAAUUUAAUAAGAACUUUGCAAAUUUUUAGGAUCUUUGAAUUAUUGAUUUCAAUAGAGACCUGAAAUUUUUUAUAAACAUGCAUUUUGUAUUUUCUGGGAAUAACAAUCUGUAUGAAUUUAAUCCUAGAGGAUAAAUUGAAAUGAAAUAGAUUCAGUAAUA